AAUCUCACAUCAACAUUGUACCUUUUUCACGACAAAAUUCCUAUCACAAAUAAAUGGCUGCUUCAUUUGCCAUUCUCCUUUCUCUAUGGUCUCUUUGCUUCUCACUAAACCUAAUAAAACAAACAGACUUUCUCGAGAUGAAAAAGGCAAAAGAAUGAAUUUUUAAAAGGACGAAACAAUGGAGGAAUACAAGAGGACGAAGGAAGAAGAAGCCCUGAGUCAGAAGAAAGAAGAAGAGGAACUCUUGAAACUCCACAAACAAGAAGCUCUUCAAUUGCUCAAGAAGAAGGAGAAAACUGAUAAUCUGAUUAAGAAGGAGAAAGCGACCAAGAAGAAGAAGAACGAAAAUGUUGAUCCUAACAAACCCAAGAAGCCCGCUUCUUCAUACUCUCUCUUAAGCAAGGACGAAAGGAAGAGAUUGACUGAAAAAUGUCCCGGGACAAACAACUCUACUGAAUUGGGUGAAGAAGAGAAGCAAGUUUACAACAAAAAAGCCGCAAAACUGAUGGAAGCAUACAAAAAGGAAGUGGAAGCUUACAACAAGAAGUCUGCAGCUACCAGUAGCCAGAUCAUGUGAUGGAAAUUAGACUUAACGUAAGUACACUUAUAUGAUUUUUACGGGUUUGUCUAUAAAAUCACGUAAUUUUU